AUUAUUAAUUGACGCAUGCGCCACACAUUGCAAUCAGCUGUCAGAAAGAACAUAAUCACGUAAAAAACAAAAUUAUUUGUGUCUUUAGAUAAUUCCCGUCAAUAUGGCGGGGCAAAAUCCUGGAUCACCGACUGAUUUUCAAUAUUUUUACGAAGAUGAAGUGUAUAAAAUCAACAAUCGCGGCCAAGUUGUCUUCGGCCUGGUUUUGGAGAAUUAUGAAGCUAACUCUAGUGAUCAGGAGAGCGACAUGGAAACUCCUAUACAAAAAGGUGAAAUUCGUGUAGUCUGGCACCCUUCAGGCACUGAAAGAGUAAUUUCAGAAAAAUCGGUUGGCUUAGCAGACCGUUCUCUGAUGCCCGGUGAUGUAGUCCGUCGUCUCAUAGCGGGAAAGGAUACGCAGCGCGGUUACUGUAGAGAUAUUGCGAUGACAGCGGCAUUGCAGAUUGUAGGCACGAAACACGUCAUUCCUCAUGUGGCCAGUGAGAGGUUACAACCAUUAGAAGAAUUCACACCAGAUCUUGCAGUUUGUCUUGAUUCAUGGGUCGGAACAUCGAAGGCAGUGCACAGUAAACUUCGUCUAGUGUCAGCAGAUGGCUCUCGACUGGAAUACCCUGAUCUGGAUACCUGUCCACUAGAGGAUUAUUCGAUGCGCCGUCGCCGCGCAACACCCUACUCUUCAUCGGAGUUCUAUCCCGGACAAGUUGUAUACGGUCCUCUCGGUUCCUUGGACAAUGCUAAUUGGCUUAACAUGACUAAGGAAAUGAAGUCAGCGCGAAAACACAAAAUGCAUGAUCAUAAGUUCACGGUGGAGGCGGUGAUGACGGAGAGCGUGAGCGUGCACUGGCAGUGCCGCGCGCUGUGCACGCAGACGUCGGACGCGGCCGCGCCGCAGCAACCCAAGUUCCUCGUGGACGGUGAUGAUCUGAAGAAACUCAAACUAUUGAAUGUGUUUGAGCCCUGUACACUGCAGGUUGGCGACAGGAAUUUUCUCACUAUUGGUCCAGAGGAUACGUUUGUCAGCAAAAAACAGUGGAGAAAGCAACAAAGCAAAUACUAUAGAAAUAUUCGUAAACAAAGUCGACCAACUAAGAAAGCUUCCAAGACUGAUACAAAUUCAACGGAUCACAUGCCUUCGAGGCCCAAGAAACGCGCCUCUUCUCACCGUAAACUUAAACCUACUGAUCAUGGCAUGGACGUAGACGGUGAUAAGGAAUCGCUAGACGACGCAUUGAAAGCGGACGCCAACUGCCCCAGUAUUAAAAUCGAACCCAGCGGAGAUGUCUCACUGCCCAUCGCUAGUAGUCAAGAGGAUACCGCCACCGAAGAGAAAAAUGAUUCUGGCAUUAGAUGUUGUUGCGCGCUAAGUAAAUCCCACCCGCGCAGCCCGGAACCGGCGCGCGAGGAUGGCGCGAUCAACGGGGCCGACGACGACGACUCCGACAACUGGGAGAACACCAGCAGCGACGGCAGCGAUACCGACAGCGGGGCCACCUGGUCGUCGCGCUGCUCGUCCGUGGCGUCGGGCUCGGGGCGCGGCGCGCGCUCGCCGCAGCUGGCCGUGCGGCUGCUGCGCGGGAAGCGCCUCAAGCGCGCCGCCCGCCGCGCGCCGCCCGCGCCGCCGCCGCGCCGCGCCGACCGCGUCGUGGUGGAGACGCUGCACACCACCAGCCGCGCCAACGUCGUGUGGCAGGAUGGCACUAUAGAAAUGGGAAUACCUUCAACUCAACUAUACCCAAUACACCAUUUAGACGGCCAAGAAUGCUUUCCGGGUGAUUUCGUCGUCAACGGAGCUUCUAAUGUAGAGGAAAAUCAAUUGAACCACCGCGAAUACGGUGUGGUGCAGCGCGUGGACCAUCAUGGACGGACCGCCAUCGUCCAUUGGUACCGCACCUAUACCUGCGGAGAUGAGCCCGUGCCUCAAAUUCUACACGAGAGUGAAAUGAGCGUCUACGACCUGAAAGAUCAUCCAGAUUUCCAGUACCGACCGGGAACUGUUGUCAUCAGAGUCGCUAAUUUUACGGGCGAAGAUGCGAACUGUACUGCCGGACAGGUGAUAGAUAAUUUCCCAACGGGUCGCGUCAAAGUAUGGUGGGUCGACGGACAUACAAGCAUGUGCUGGCCUCAGGAUCUUUACAAGGUAGGAGAAUACGACUCGGAAGACGGCGAGCUGUGGGGCUCGGAGGGCUCGGGCUCGGAGGACUCGUGGGAGACGCAGAGCUCGACGCACGAGGCCGAGCCGCGCUCGCUCGACGCGCCGCCCGCGCACGCGCCGCCGCCGCCGCCUGCGCCCGCGCCCGCGGCCGUGCCCGCACUGCCCAAGGUUAUACAGUGCUCGUUGGGCGAGGCUGCGACGGCGAUGGCGGCCUCGGGCGCGCUGCCCAAGCUGCUGGAGCCGCGGGUGGCGGCGCACAUCGAGCGCGGUCGCAUGGCCAUGUGCCGCCUCGAGGAGAUAUUCGCUAAGCAUCCCACGCUGCAGAGCCAGGAGAUAAUGCGGAAAUUACUGAAUCUCUACAAAGACUGCCGAUUUUUAGACAGACUAAUGGGGACAACGUUCUUCCAUGAGGAUCACUUUUUGGGCCUAAUAGAGCGCGUGCGCGAGCGCGGGGCGAGUACGCCGCGCGCGGGCGAGCGCCGCGUGCACGAGCAGCUCGCGCGCCUGUUCGCGCCCAGCGACGCGCCCGACUCGCCCGAGCCGGAGCCCGGCCUCGACGACAUCGCGCUGGACGAGCGGCCCGACGAGCGCCCCGCCGAGCCCCUCGUCACCGCCAACGUCACCGUGGAACCCAUGGAGGUAGAAAGCAAUUCUCCAAAGAAAUCUCUACAUUUGAAUAUAGAUUCCAUUGAAGCAUCCAGUUCCGAGGCCAGUGGACUUCAAGAUGGUAAUCAAGAUGCCACUGGCGAGAAUCCACCGACUGAUAGCGAAGUGGAGGGCGGCUCACGAAACGUGUGUUACAAGCUGUGUUCGCUCAUACAUCGUCAGCUCGUCAAGGCACACGCAGAAGUCAGCCGGAGAAGGCCGCAAGAGUUGGCCGAUUUCCUUAACAGCUUAAUGAACGGUCAAAACCCUACUGAAGAGAAGUUACCCUACCACUUUUCAGUACAAUAUGGGGCAUUAGUUGUGAGCAUUGCCGAUCAGGUCAAGAGGGAAGAUGUUAAAACUACGAGUAGCGACGCAAAAGACGCUCCGACUGUUACUGCUCCGAAACAGGAAGGAAAAGCGCCUACGACAGAAACGGCCCCUCUGGCAACGGGCGAGCGCGACAUGGAGGCCGAGAUGGCGGAUCCGGAGGUCGGCGGGGAGGGGUUCUGCGUGCUGGAAUCCGCGCCCGAAACGCAUCGCUUCCGACUGUCUAUGCUGCAGCCCUCCGAGCCGCGGACCUUCUACUCGGCCGUCAAGAGGGAGAUUAAGCUGCUGAAGAGUGAUCUUCCGCCUGGGGUGUGGGUGCGCGGCUACGAGGACCGCAUCGACCUGGUGUCGGUGAUGAUCGCGGGCCCCGACCGCACGCCGUACGAGGGCGGCCUGUUCGUGUUCGACGUGCAGCUGGGCGGGGAGUACCCGCGCGCGCCGCCGCUCUGCCACUACCACUCCUACUGCUCCGACCGCCUCAACCCGAACCUCUACGAGGACGGGAAGGUUUGCGUGUCGCUGCUGGGCACGUGGUCGGGUCGCGGAGUGGAGGUGUGGGGCAAGGACAGCUCGCUCCUGCAGGUCAUCGUGUCACUUCAGGGACUCAUCCUUAAUGCGGAACCCUACUUUAACGAGGCUGGCUACGAGAAGCAAAAGGGUACCCAACAAGGUAGAGAGAAUUCGCGCAUGUACAACGAAAUGGUGCUGCUGAAGCUCGUUCAGUCCAUGACGAAGAUGCUAAUGAACCCCCCGGAGCCGUUCCGCGAGGAGAUCCUGCAGCACCUGCGCAACUCUGCCGCCAGCCUGUGCCGGCGCGUGGAGGGGCUGGUGGCGCUGUCCAACGGCCAGCCCACCGACAUCGCGCCGCCCGACUACCCGCUCAUCCCGGCGUCGCGCGGCUUCUGCCUCACGCUGCGCUCGUCGCUCGAGUCGUUCCGCAGCGCCCUGCGGCGCCACGACAUCGGCGUGCCGCCCUCCACGUUAUAGCCCCGCAUGUAGCACUAGUUAGCUUUAGAAAAUUAUUUAUAUCCUUACAUUUGAGAUGCCGAUCGAUUAAAUAUGUAUAGUAUUUAUAGCGUGCGGAUUCAUAACGAUGUUUGAUAUUCAUGUUUAAAUUGUUUUUUUUUUCUUUUUUUCUAUGGUAUUCAAAAACUCUCGCUCUCUUCAGUAAAUGAGUAAAACUAUUGAAAUUGCGACCACGCACACCUGUAAAUUACUAUAUUGUAUAUUUAUUAUUGGCACUCUUACAUAAAGCGCGCCGAGCGCAAAUUAAUCGCAAAUACAGUACAGUUAAAUGUAAUAUUAACGAUGGGUCCGACAGUUCAGCUAGUUUCGUUCACACACUGCGUGCCGUCUCGUUAUGAAAACAAAAACUUUCGUAGUUAUAGUAUUUAUUGUGAUGUAAUUUUUCGACUAGGAAUAUUUUAGAAUUUCGAAUCGGGCGCUAGUAGGUCUCGUUCCUGUUUUUUAUUAUUAUUUUCACGAAUUUAAAUUAAUGCGUCUAUCCAUUAGAUUGCAUGAAAUUUCGAAUUUGUUGUUCAUAUUGCUAGUUAAUAUGUAACUAACUCCUCACGAAUGUAUUUAUUGAAUUAAAUUCUAAUUGGAAAGUUCGAUCUUAUGCGAAUUAAUAUUAGACAUAUUUAUUAUAGAUUAUUUAUUUUGUUAAAAAGUAAUGCAUACUUUAAUCGAACUUAUUUUAGUACGUUAGGUUACGAGUACUUAUUGAAACCACGCCGAUGCUUAUGCUAUUCGUAUUUAUUAUGUAUUGUUUAUUAUAAAGACAGUUUGUUUUAGUUUACGAGUAGUGUAUAUUUGUACUGAAUAUCUAUCACACGUGUGGUACUGUCGUCGAAACCAAUUUUUAUUGUUUUAAUGUUUGAAUGAAUGCUAUGUGUAUCUCAUUAAUGUUUCAACGUGUGCGUUAUGUUGUGUGAUUAUUAAAACGUUCACUCAUUUUUAUGUAAUUAUAAUUUUUACUUGUUUUUUUUUUAUAAAGAAAAAAAUUAUAUUGUAAUAAUAAAUUAAUGAGUUUAUUCCAAAUAGUGCUUUUGUAUAACAAAAAAAACUCGAAAAUACUUUAAAAAGACGAUUGUUCCUCUCUGUUACCAAUGCUUUAAAUAUUCUCUAGAUCUGUCGAAAUAUCGUUUUGAAAUGAAACAAAUGUUACCCAGUGAAAACGUGCUCAUAGAAAUAUUGUCAAAAUUGCAACGUUUCGAAUUUAUAAAUAAACAGUAACUUUAAUUUUCCUCGUUAGUACUUCUAGUAUUACGUACCGAGUGUAAAGCGCUGCGCCGCCACUUGCACAAAUACGAUGUAAUUUCAUGCCAAAGUCAAUUGAGCUAUGAAAGGCUUUUCUGUCGCUUGUGUACGCGAUAAGUGACAAAUAUGUGUAAUGAUGAUAAAUAAAUAAUUCUUCAACCUCA